UGCACGACUAUUGCAUCAAAUUUUAAUGCAAUUAAUAUAAACAGUGUUUGUAUUCAAACGAUAACUCAAUCAUACAAUCAAUUGUUGUCCACUUCUUUGUUGACCACUUAUCGGUGAUAACGGAUACUCACAUCCAAAACAAUGUCCAAAAUCAGACAAAGACUGUUACUAAUGCCCAUCGAUUGCGAUGAAAGUGAUUUCGCUGCCAUUGAAAGGCAUUUGUUUUUAGGAAACAAAGAGUUGGCACACAAUCCAUACCAUCUGAAGAAGUUGGACAUCACUCUUGUUAUUGGAGUCUAUCCUAAAUCACAGAUAGAUCUGAUCGUACAGUUAAUGCCAUCACAAACUCGAUUUCGUUUGGUUGACGCCAAAGACAUUCCACACGAAGAUUUGAUCUCAAGAUUUGAUUCGAUUAUUGAGGACAUGAUUGAAGAAAUUGAGGACAAAGAGGGAAAUGUAUUUGUCUUUUGUAGCGCAGGUUUCUCACGAUCGGUGACAGUCGUUGCCGCAUAUCUUAUGAAGAAAUUAAGAAUUACUGCCAAUGAAGCCAUUGAACGGAUCCGAACUGUUAGACCAAAAAUCAAUCCAAAUCCAGGAUUUAUUGGUCAGUUGGCUCUCUAUGAAGAUAUGGAUUAUGAGUUUGAUGUCAGACAUCCUGAAUAUCGUGUGUUUGCACUCAUAUGUCUCAAGAAGCAAAUUUGGACACAAGAUUAUUGGGAAGAAUCGGAAAUCGGGGAACAAUACAGACAUUUUUGUAUUCCUUUAAGCGAUUAUCAAUCAAAACUCAAAUCAAACGACAAGAACUCAAGAAUUAGUUUAACUAACAUUCACUACAAUUGUGUCAAUUGUUGUCAAUCAUUGUUCAAUGAACUGAAUGUCUUGAAGCCGACACUUGAUUUCAAUGUAAUGGAAACCAAUGAUUGUCCGAAUCUAUUCAUAGAACCGCAAGAAUGGAUGAAACCAAUGAUUUGUAUCCAUAAGAAGGGCAGACUGUUGUGUCCCAAAUGUGACACAUUGUUGGGCUCUUUUAAGUGGAAGUCAUACAAAUGUCAGUGUCUUAAACACAAUCAAUUACACGACUCACUUGUCUUCAAGAUUAUCACCCAAUCAGUUAUUGCUCAAUAAUUUGUAAUUACUGUAAUAUACAG